AGAAGGAAUACAGAAACACAUAUUCCAUAGGCAUGAAUACAAUACAAAUUACACAACAUACCACUACUAUCGGAAACUUGAUAUUCCAUACCGAAGAAAGAGCGCGAAAGGCCUUGCCUUUGUUGCAGAGACAGAACAAAAACCCCAAAGAGAAGUGUCACCGGAAAUUCAAAGAAGCUGUGGAUGAGAUUCCGGCGCAAUGCAAAGGGGGACGUAAAGGAUGUAUGCAGUCUUCUGUUCUUCAAAGCAAACUGAAAACACAAUUCAUUGAGUCAGUCUCCUCCAGAUGAAGCUCGAUCAUUUUAGUCAUCCUCAUCCUUUGGUGCUGGUGGAAGAGGAGAUUGAUUGGAUUAGUAUAAUUUAUUACUGCUCGGCAUGUCGGGAACGGGUAGAGGGUUCUUACUACAACUGCUGAGCUACCGAGGGAGAUCAAUCAUCCCUUUCACCUCAACCAUCCCCUCAUUCUUUACGAGAAGCGGCCGAGAUACCCCUCUGUUGGUCCUGGGUUUAUUUGCAAUUCUUGCGGAAAAUCAAAAGGUGCGGAUGAAUUUGUUUAUCAUUGUUCCUCUUGUAGAUUUGAUCUUGACAUUAAUUGUGCUUUGCUUCCAAACUUGAUUACUCGAGAUUUACCAAAGUCUCAACAUUUUAGCCAUCAACAUUCACUCUUCUUCAUUCAAAACCACCAUGUUGAACCCCGAGAUCGAUCUUGCUCUGCAUGUGAAGAGCUGAUACUAGGUCCAUUUUAUGGCUGUUUUGUUUGCCUUUUUUUGCUUCAUAAAAAAUGCUUUGACUUACCCCUUAAGGUCAAACACCCUAGUCACCGCAAACACUCUCUUACUCUUCUACCUAACCCUCCAUCUCAUCCAGAGGAAUGUUCUGGCCAUUUAUGCACCAAAGCUAACAAGGGAUUCGUUUAUUAUUGUUCUCUUUGUGAGUUUGGCAUUAUGAUUAAGUACAUUUUCUCUAAAGUAAUUGAAAUUGAAAGUCAUGAACAUCCAUUCACUCUUGUAUCAAGGCCAAUCACAUUCACCUGUGAUGCAUGUGGUAUUGAUGGAGAAAAAUAUUCCGCCCCUUACACAUGCACUGUAUGUGAUCUUAUUGUACACAAAGAUUGCAUUUUGCUUCCCUCUAUCAUCAAGCUAACGAGACAUAAGCAUCCA